AUGUCGUUUGACCGCCUUUCGUCGUUGGAAGCCCAGACUUCAUCUGCACGAGGCACCAGCGCAGCCUACCAUGAUGACCCGGAUUUCCAGCACUUGACAGAGUCACUGUCAAACCAGCUGUUUACGUUGACAUCAAAUAUAUCCAAGUUGUCAAAUCAAAUUGGUCUUCUUGGAACCAAACGAGAUACGGAGCGCGUGCGAGAGAGAAUACAUAACCUGCUUGAGGAAACCCGGGAUGGAUUCCGGGAGGUUGGAGAAGGUGUCAAGAAAGUCCAAGUUUGGGAAGAUAUAACUCCUGGCCAGAAAUGGACACAGCAGAAACUAUCCUCCGAGUUCAAAUCCACGCUCGAGGAGUUUCAGUCCGUCCAGCGUCGCGCGCUCGAAAAACAGCGCGCCUCCGCUGCCGCAGCUCGUUCUGCUCUGGAGGAGACCGGCGCCGCCGAAGCUCCCCAGGACGGCCAAUCGCUGCAGCAAUUACAAGAGCAGCAGCCUCGCCUUGCGUCCCAAGAAGAGGUCGACUUUCAGGAUGCCUUGAUCAUCGAACGUGAAACCGAGAUUCGAAAUAUCGAACAGAGUGUGGGAGAGCUCAAUGAGCUUUUCCGUGACGUCGCGCACAUUGUCCGCGAGCAAGGCGGUCAGCUGGACCUGAUCAGUGAGAAUGUUGAACGAACCAGAGAUGACACCCGGGGAGCGGAUAGGGAGCUACGCAGCGCAAGCAGAUAUCAGAAGAAUGCAAGAAAUAAGGCCUGCUGUCUUUUGCUCAUUUUGGCGGUUGUGCUGGUCAUUAUCGUCCUCGCUGUGACCCUUGGUUGA